AUGAAAUUAUUUCCUGAAAUUCUUGAUCAUAUAUUCAAUUAUUUAUUAGAUGAUAAAAAAUCACUUCAUUCAUGUACUUUAGUGAACAUGGAUUGGUGUAAAUCCGCGAUACCAAUACUGUGGAGACAACCUUUUAUGCUAAUUGAUGUUACGAAACCAUCGGAAAAGAUUUUUGAUAUUUAUUCAAGAUUUCUUAGUGAUGAUACUAGAACUAUGCUCUUGAUUCAAGGAUUAAAAUUACCUGAUUACCUAUUACCAACUUAUUAUGACGCUGAUGUUGAAAUGACUGGUGAUUGUAGUAGUUCUAAUUUUUAUAACAAUAAUUCAAUUAAAACUAGAUUUAACAAUAGUUUAUUUUAUUAUCCAUGCUUUUUACGAAAGUUUAAAUAUGAAACUUUUAUAUUAUGCUUAGAGCAAUGGUAUUUGGAGGUCCUUGAACCACUUCAAAUAAUUGAUGAAACCAAUGUUAACAUCAAAAUUACACCAUCAAGUACUUGGCAUACCUUAGCAAGAUAUAAUUAUCAUACGUCAUCUUUUAACAUUUCCAUACCAUCAGCAAAUAAUGAAACUGGUUCAUCAAAAAUAUCUCAUUAUAGAGCUGAAGAGAGACAAAAACUAAAAGCAGCUUGGUGUCCAACUUUGAGUAUCGAAUUUUUCAAGAUUUUUUUAACUGCGGGAAUAAAACUUGAUUUAUUGGAUCUUCAAUUUCAACAAUGUUAUAGUAUGAAGAAUGUUGAUUAUCUUAGAGUUAUACCAAGAUUACCAAAUGCUAGAAUGUGUUUAUCAAAUCUUGUAGAAUUCAUGCCUAAAGGUGUUGAUGAUGAAACGUAUGAACAAUAUUAUUCAAAAAUUUGUCAAAAAAUAAAAAUAUUAAAACUUCAAGAUUUAAAUACUGGUAACCUUGGAGCAAUCUCAUUAAUAACAUCACAACUUUCCUUGAAACAUAUAGUAAUUUCCAAUUAUUCUUCAUAUAUGGCUGGAAAUGCUAUUCAUAAAAUUUUCUCUGCUUUGGAAUCUCAAGCUCCUCAUUUGAAAUCGGUUGUGAUAAAAAAUUCUUUUAUUCAAGAUAAUCAUAUAGCUUCAAAAGUAUUUUGUUGGCCGGAAUUAGAAGAGUUGAGAAUUGAGAAUAGUGAUCAAAAUUUGGUAAAGAUGCCACUUGGUGUGGGUCCAUUUCCAAAAUUGAAAAAGCUUUUUAUUAGUCAACAAUUUAUUCCAAUAGAUCUUGAUCAAUUACUUAAAAAUGAAUCUAAUGAUGGAGGUGAAUGUGUAUAUGAAUCACCAUUAACACAUAUUAAUUUAAACAUUCAAAUUCAUUCAAUAGAAUUAUCCACAAUUUUACGAACCAUUGCCACUUUUUGUAGUCAAAAUUUACUUCAUUUUGAAUCAACCAUUGAUUUUCAUUCCAUCCCAGUACUCUUUAAACUUUUAAAAUCAUGUUCAAAAUUAGAAACACUUUCUAUAUGGAACCCAUUUUUUAACCAAUAUACUGAUGAUGAUUAUCGUAUGUUGGUUAAUUACUUUCCAAAAACGUUAAAAACGUUUGUUAUUACCACAUUGUAUAAAGAUAUUUCUUAUGGGAGUUUAAAAAUUUUAUUAAGUGAAAUGUCGGUAAAACUUGAUGUAUUGGAUUUAGGAAGUUGUAAGAAACUUGACCACAAAAGCAUCGAAAUCAUUGGUGAAUGUGCAAAAGAAAAUUUAAAGAAUAUGCCAAAAAAAAUAAUAUUUAAUAAGAAUAAUUUUGAAUUUUGGUGUCUUGAAUUUGAAGAAAGAUUUUUGGAAUUAAAAGCUAUGGGUGUUAAGUUAUGUGAAUAUCAUGAUGAUGCGAGAAGUGAGAAUGAGCUUUAUUUUAUUUGUGACUAA